UCGGAUUCGUUAACCACUGCACCAGGACGGGAACUCCAGGUCAAGUUUUGGAUAUCAGAAUACUUAAUUCAGAAGGACUUCAAAAGGAGGAGGACACUGAGCCAAGAAGCAUUGCUUAGCAAAUGGUAAAGCUGAGCCUUGAGGUUAAAACAAAAUCAGUUUUACGGUUAUAGAAAGUGGACUGUUUUGUGAGUAGUUGGAAAAAUCAGGGCUAGUAGCCUUACUUCCUUGCUAAGCAUACUACUACUAAAAAUAGCUGGCUAUCCUAGAAUGACUUAGUACAAGAAAGCCGUCACAAUCUGUAGUUUCUCCAUACUUGACAUUGAUGAUUUCCUGCUUUCAGAGGAGUAUCUGGUCCAAAGGGCCACUCAAGAGGACACUGGGGAAAAAAAUCAAGUAUAUUCUCAGGAGUAGUUCUGGGUUUGUGAUCGGCAGGUCUUAGAACUAACUAUAUCAUCUGAGUUGAGAUGGAAGGACCAUAGAAUGCUUAACUUGGAGAAAAAUAUCCUAUGAGGUUGAUGUUAUUAAGAAGUUUCUAUGGUAACACCAAGUUCCACACAGAGACUGAAGGAUCUCCCAGGAUGUGACACUUUCAGUGGUAAAACCAAGAAAGUCUGGGACAAGCCAGGAUGACUGGUUACCCCACACUAUGCUUCAGCCACACUUAUCUGCUAUCUAUUCAGCAGUUAAACUUGUUCUUGCCUUAGAGUCUUAGCACUUGCUGUUCCCUCUCCCUGAAACUCUCUUCCCCUAAACUUUCACAUAGUUCCUCUGCGUCAUUUUGACCUCAACUCAAAGAGCACCUUCCUUGAAAGCAAACUUCUAUAAUAAUAAUAAUCUUGUUCCACCACUCUCUCAUAUCACCUUGUUUUCUUUCCUUCGUAACAGUUAUGACACCUAAACUGCUUCUUUUGCUACUUCUUGUUGUCACUAUCACCCCAAUAAAGUUAAAUAAGAAGGGAAGCCUUGUCACGUUUUGUUCAAUGCUGUAUCCUCAGCAACAUUAACAGAACUGGACACAUGGUAUGAACUCAAUAAAUAUUUGUUGAAUGGACAAGUGAAUGAGUGAUCCUGCUCACCACAAAGCCUAUAUUGAAUUCUCUUAUAUACACACACCAAAAAGUUCUGAGAAAAAUAUCUACAAAACUGGUAAAAUCCAGGUACCUGGUAAACUUGCAAAUGAAGCCACACAGAUCAGGAUGCUAUGGGAAUGGGUCUCGUAGAAUCUGAUUACAAGGCAGGAAAGCUGAGGUCAAUUAAGCCUUUUGCAAUUGCUAUGUAAGUACUAUUUAUACCCAGGAGGACUGAGCCUGGGCUGUUUGAAAGGUCUACUGCGCUCUUUAAAAGGUCUACUUUCAUCUAAAACUUCUUGUGCUUCUCUGCUCUAAUCAAAUUAUCAUCAUAGCCUUUAAAAAUUUUGAGAUUAAAUGAUUCAGAGAAAAGACACCUAUGGCCUCACAGCCAACUUCCCUUUUAGAAAUACUGGCCAUAGAAUUUCCUUAUGUUAUGAACUCCCAGAUGAUACGGUUAUUUUCUCGCAAGAUUCCAGUUCAUUCCAUCAUAAUUAAGUCCAGAGCAUCAUUUCCCUUCAAUGCUUUUUUAACCUUCUGAGAAAUGAAAUUGUCAGCAAGGCAAAUCCCAAAUGUAUCAGAGUCUCUGCUUUUAGCACUUUGAGACUUCCAUCAGAUGCCUGGACAGCUGAAUCUUUCCAUUCCUACGGUAGCUUGCCUUUAUGCCAGUUCUGUAAUCUUCACCAGGGAAGCAUCAACCAUGUGCUCUGUGAACUAUUUCCUUGAUGGCACUGCAAUUUCUCCCAAUUUGUAUGCUACUACAAAUGUUAACCAUCUUAUUCUCCUUCAUAUUUUGUGGAUUUCCACAUAGGUAUAAUAUAUUUUUAAUAUAUGAGUGUGACAAAGUCCCUAGGGCAGAAUCACAAAAAACAUUCUUGAGAAAUGAGUAUCUCACAUAGGCAGAACCUUAACAUCAGCCCUCUUGUGGAAGCAGUGACCUCCAAAAACCUGAAAGUCCUCCUCUUCUGUUGUCCUUCUACAGAGCACUGCUCUAUCAGUCAGUCAACACACUUUUUUGUACCAAGAAACCGACAAGUAAAGAUUUCAGGAAAAAAAAUUAUUCAAUGUCAGAUUGCCAAAAACAGUAUGAUUAAACACAGUAUAAAAACACCUGAGUGGAAGAGGCUAUUUAGUGAAAGUGACAUCAAGAGCUUUUCUUUGAGCAAACAUCUUUCAAGGGUUUCCCCUGUGCAAGAUAGAGAUCCAGAGAAAACGGAGAUGACUCAGAUAUGGUCACUAAAUCUAGGCGCUUAUAGCUUUCCAAAUGUACACUUAGCCUUACUUCCACUAUAUAGGGUCAAAAGUCCCUCGGGGUAAAAAACAAACAACAACAACACAAAACAAACCAAAAAAAGCCUGAAUAAAAGUAAACCUUUAUCUGAUCUCACAAUCACACUUGGGGGAGAACUGGCUUAAACAACAUAGCAUAUUGUUAGCAGGACCCAGCAAACAAAAUAUGAAGUUACACAAUCAUACUGUGAUGUUCAUCUGGAUCUCCAAAAUUCCUCAAUAUAAAUUCCUCAUAACAGUACCUGAACAUUUCACCCAUUAUCAGAAAAGAAAGGAAAGAAAUGAAGAAUUUACCAGACAGAAGAAAGCUUCAUCCUUCCGGAGGAAAACCAGCCCUGAUUCCCCGCCACCAACCAUAUUUACUGACCAGAAUAAUUGCUCUAGAGAACAUUCGCUGAAAUGCUCAUUAAUCAAGUUAGGAGGAAAGUGAAAAUUAUUUUAAUGAGCUAAAUAUAGUGAAUGUCUCCUCCUCCUUCGUUUUCUUUCUCCCUGUUUGCAUUAGGCGAUUUAAUUACAAAGCAGGGAUAUCGCCUAAGUCCCCAAAGUGGAAACUGUUCAAGACUGAGGUUAUAAAUUCUUAAACCCACCACAAGAUUAUCCAAAUUUCCUUCUUGCAUUUGAAUUGUGGCUUCUUUUAAUAUCUGAAUAUUUCUGGUCUGUAAGCAGACUAUAGAAUUUUGGCAAACACCAAUAUUUUAAAAAGAUCUCAAUGUAUCCAGAUGGGACAUCUCCUCAACUUAUUUUCCCCUGGCUGGGAGCAAAGUAACAGAAUUUUGGACACCUCAGGAAGAAAUACCACUUUAAUAGUUGUAGAGGCAAAGAAAAACUGCAUGUCAUGAACUGGCACCUGUAUUAUUAUGAUGAUGAUGUUAGAAAAUGAAUUUUUAAUUGUUUUUUAGACACCAACCUUUCAUGGUAGUCUUCUUACAAGCCACCUCUGCGUAAAUAAAAGAAAAAGAUAUUUAACAAGUAGAAAUAAAUGUGCAUGAUUCAUCAGCACAGUUAACUCAAGAUUUUCCAGCCUUAUAACCACAACUGAUAGGAAGAUUUAUUGUCACAGCUGCUGGUAUUAAACUUCUUUUCCUUGCAGUUAAAGGAAUCAAAUUUCUUCUUGGAGAUUAGUCAUUUGUGGGGGUGUUGCCAACUGCAAAAUGUUUCUGUUAUGAAUGAGAUGCACUUCUCUGUUGCUGUCCUCCAGCCCUAAGUCAGUGAGUAAUUUUCAUCUCUUUAUACGUCUUUUCCCGCCUACCAUCAGGAACAAAUUUUAAUGACUUACACAAUCAAACUUUCUUUAUUGUUACUUAAACCAAAAACUUCAGAUGGUAUUGAUUCUGGUAACAUGAUAAUCUCACAAGGAAAGUUCGGAUGAAAUGACAUUUUGGCAUAUGUUUACAAGGAUGCAAUCCAAUCUGAAGGAAAGGUCUACAUGCGGUGUGAAAGUGGGAAGGGAGCUGACAUAUCUUGGAUGGUAAAAUUGUGCCAGGCACUGUGUUAGGUUCUUUAUAGAAAUAAUCUCAUUUAAUUCUUGGAACACUCCUGCAAGAGGCUAGGUGAUAGCUCCAUUUCGCAUAUGAAGAAACUGAAAUUUCUCAAGACUGUACAGCUUAUUAGCGACUGAAUCAGAAUUUAGACUUGGAUCCAGCUGACUCCCUCACUUUCUCUCUGUAUUUCCACAUUCUGCCUUUUGAGUAUGAAGAAUUACCUAAUUAUAAACAGCACCAAUAUAACUAUAUAGUAAGGAUAAAUUUGAUUCUGUGUCUAAAUAAGAAAAUCUGUUUCACUCCCUUUCACAUACAACUGACAAGGCUCUUUUUCUUUCCUAUUUUGAAGACUUCUUGAAACAUGUAUUCCAGAAUUUGUCUUGUCCGUCUUCACAGUUUCUGGUAACUAUUGUCUUCAUUAAAUCCUUCUAUCUAAUAAAACUUUCCCAUCACCCUUUCAGCUCUUGUUUGGAACUAUAUGGAGAUGGUAGGAUCUGCACAUAGUAAGCUUCUGUUAUUUGAAAAUAGAGGUCAGAGUAAUUGAACAGAGUGAGAUUUCAGUAAAUCCACCAGUUACUUGGUUUAUUUCAUGUCAUUUUGGCUGGUGAUGUUUUUCCAUUGAAAUGACGGGUAGCCUUUAGCUAUAUAUACACUAUCUAAGUUACCAUGCAUAGGUGGUUUUAAUAUGACAUAUAAGAACAACAACAACAAAAAGGUUGAAAAGCAAAGAAGUAUUUCAAGCAUUCACAACUGGAUUAUCGAGAGUUUAAACUUAAAAAUUAUAACCUAUUAAUUGGAGAAUCGACUUAAAACUAUUUACCAGCAAUUUGAUGGGGAGAUGUAGCAUAUUUGCCUUUUGGCGGGGGGGGGUAAGGAAUAAAGUCAAUCAUCUAGCUACACCCCUUUAUGAGAGUAAAAAUUCUGUUUAACCCAACAUUAAUGAUUGUCUUACUUGAUCAAGUAUAAGUAACUCUACUGGGGAUCUAACAGUCCAAAGAACUUAAUAAGCCUUUCCUGAUCAUAUAAGAUUCUACAAGACAGGAAAGCAAAGAGAACCUAGAUUUCCACCGUUCGCUACUUGAACAGUUGAGCCUCACUGAGUAAAACAAUAAUCAGACCUCCAGAAUCUAAACUCUAACAGGCUAUUGUGACGCUACUCCUCUUAUUUCCUCAUGUAAGUGACAUUAUGUUUUGUCUUCUUUCCCAGUACUUGAGACAGAUAAAUGGGCAGUCACAAGCAAGACAAUGCCUCAGAGGUGACUGAAUUCAUCCUUGUUGGAUUUUCCCAACAGCCUCAAAUCCAGACUGCCUUCUUCAUGGGACUGCUGUUCUUCUACCUGGUCACAAUGUUUGGGAACAGCCUUAUCGUUGUUGUAGUGAGAUGGGAUUCUCGACUUCAUACCCCUAUGUAUUUUUUUCUUAGUAACUUAUCCUUCCUUGAUAUCUGCUACUCUACAAGUUGGGAGCCAUAUGUGUUGGCCCAAUGCUUCAAGGACUUUCCCACCAUUUCCUACAGCAGCUGUUAUGCCCAGAUGACCACAUCCCUCUUUCUGGGGAUGACAGAGUGUCUCCUCCUUGCUAUCAUGGCUUAUGACAGGUUUGUUGCCAUCUCUAAUCCCCUGCGUUACACCAUCAUUAUGAACAAUCGGGUUUGCAUACAGCUGGCCUUGGGAACCUGGGCCAGUGCCUUCUUAGUAGCAGUCACACCAAUCAUUGCAAUCCCUGCUCAUUACUGUGGGCACAAUAUCAUCAAUCAUUUUACCUGUGAGAUCCAGGCACUACUAAAGCUUGUCUGCUCAGACACCCCUAUCAGCCUAAUUCUGGGCCUGGUUAUCAGUGUGUUCACACUGCCCCUCCCAUUCACCUUCAUCCUCAUUUCCUACUUUUGCAUUGUGGUUACUGUGCUGAAGAUCCGCUCUGUAGAGGCCAGGCUCAAAGCUUUCUCCACUUGCGGCUCCCAUCUGACUGUGGUCACCAUAUUUUAUGGGACAGCCAUCUACAUGUACCUGAAACCUCAGUCAAAGGAGUACCAGGAAGAGGACAAAGUCAUGUCAAUAUUUUAUGGAGCAGUUACUCCCAUGUUAAAUCCCCUCAUUUACACUCUGAGAAAUAAGGAUGUAAAAGGUGCACUUAGGAAGUUAGCCAAAGGAAAUGAAAAAUCCUAAUGGCUCUCUUUAAGCCUCUCCAAUGGGCAAAAAAAUAAAUAAAUAAAAAUUUUUUAAAAAGAAAAUUCAGUCUCUAAAAUUUCAGUUUAUGUUUUUAAAAACAAACAACAAAAAUCUUAGUGAGCAUUCUUUCUGUGAUUAUUACUAGGCACUCAUUAACCAGUUUACCAUAAAUGUUAACAUUUUGUCAAGCUACAUUAAGAGCAAAAGCCAUGACUGUGCACAGAAUAGUCCACAAAGAGAAUAAUAAGAGUAGGUUUGUAGAUGUGAAGGCUACAGCCAUAGUAGCCCAUCAGAGAGAAGUUCUUUUCUGGGGUAUAAACCAUGAGACUUUUGCAACUAAAUAUCUUUGUAUUGGCCACACAAGGUAGAGAGAAUUCAUAUACAGGGUAGUGGUGAUGCAACCAUGGUAUAGCAUUUGCUCCUCAUAUCACAUUUUAUAUGCCCCUAACCCAAUUUGAACCUAAUGGACAAAUGACCCUUCCCACAUUAGGUGAUAAUAUCUCAUGGCAAGAAAUAUCUUUUGUAUGUAAAACACUUUUAUCACUUUAAAAGUGUAAUUAAAUAAUUUAGUCUAUGUUAUAUUCAUAAUUUUGUAUUUUAAAAUAGUUUGCAUGUUAUACAUAUUAAUAAAUCUUUUGUCAACCAACGCUUGUUUCUAGAAACAUUAAAUUUCCAUCAUAUCAAUUUCUUAUAAAAAUGUCUAAACUAAAAUUGUUAUUCUUUUGCCUUCUCCUAUUUCUCUGCCUUCUCUUCCAUGAUGUGCUUUAGUGACCCUCUGGCCAUUUCUACUCCCACUUCUCAUACACAUUCAUGAGCUUUAGCAUUUCUGCUCUACCCAAGAGUCCUCAUGGCCAAGAUUGAGACUAUUUUUUCUCCUUUCUCCCAAUUUAAUAAAAUGCCAUAUGCACUUCCUAUUGUUGGCAACCAACAUGUAUAUUAUAUACGUUGUAUUAUGGUAACUUGUUGACUCUUUUUCUCAUCUUAACUUUGCCUCCAGAAACCUCUGCCAUAGCACAUUCGGUAGGUUGUUAUGUUUCGCUUCUAAAAAUUUCCUUUAUUCCCAGAGCCUUCUUUUGAGUAGAUGACUAUCUCGUCACAAUAUUUUCUUCUGUUUUUUUUUUCUUUUAGUGUAUUAUCUUUAUGGGAAUAAUAAUAAUAAAAUCUGGUCACAAUAUUUUUUAUCCUUGGCCUUUCUCUUCACUUUCUGAAAGUUGAUUAUUCUAAAAGUUUAUUAUCUGAGAAAUUAUAUAUAUAGUUCAUAUAUAAUAUAUUCAGGUAUAUGUAAUAUAUAAAUAUAUUAUUUUUAUUGAAGUAUAUUUAAUUUACA